GAUUUUAUAGUAUUGUAUUGUAUAGGCUGCUUGCUGUUUAAUUAUCUAAUCUUUCCAAUUUUAAGUGCCUUCUUCUUUUGCCUUUAGAUAGAUGUAUACGUAAUUCGACUUUGAAAAUAAGUCCUUUAGUAUCAUUAUAAUUAAUUAUUGUGUUGUGUUCUAGUUAGCUCUGUUAUAUUUUAAUGUUGAUAAAUUAGGUCGAGGCUGAAAAUUCAUUGUUACUGCAUAAGGGUUUAAUUCUAUUACUUUAGUGUAAAUUAUUCGAAUAAUAUAGCAUUUUGUAAUUUAUUCAAGUUUGUAAUAAUUUUAAGUGAAGGUACAUGAAAAAUAUCAUUGUGAUGAUUCCUUCACCAAUGUUUCGGAAAUGUCUUAUACUGAGCUAGAGCAUGGUUACCAAGGACUUAGAAAGGCAAGGCCAGCGUUUUAUUUUGGAGAUGAAGGCACAGUGAGGUUUUUUAAGGGAAGAGGCAACCUGACAGAAGUGGGUGACGAUGAUAGUUAUGGAGAAGAUGGCAAGCAAGUUGUGGUUGGGGUUUGUGCGAUGGCGAAAAAGUCGCAAUCCAAACCGAUGAAAGAAAUUCUAACUCGCCUUCAAGAAUUCGAGUAUAUCAAGAUGAUAGUCUUCGCAGAGGAAGAUAUCCUCAAGAAGGCAGUCGAGGAAUGGCCUACUUGUGAUUGUCUGAUCUCAUUCCACAGCAAAGGAUUUCCAUUAGAUAAGGCCAUUCAAUAUGCUACAUUGAGGAAACCGUUCAUCAUCAACAACUUGCAUAUGCAGUAUGACAUUCAGGAUAGGAGAAAGGUAUACUCAAUUCUUGAAAGCGAAGGUAUUGAAAUUCCUAGGUAUGCGGUUCUUGACAGAGACUCUCCUGACCCGAAACAUCAUGAACUCAUAGAGUCCGAAGAUCACGUUGAAGUAAAUGGAAUUGUUUUCAACAAACCGUUUGUAGAGAAACCAGUGUCAGCUGAAGACCACAAUAUCUAUAUUUAUUAUCCUACAUCGGCUGGGGGAGGGAGUCAGAGACUGUUCAGAAAGAUUGGAAGCAGGAGUAGCGUUUAUUCGCCGGAGUCCAGAGUGAGAAAGACUGGAUCUUUCAUCUACGAGGAUUUUAUGCCCACUGAUGGAACCGAUGUUAAGGUUUAUACUGUGGGACCCGACUAUGCUCAUGCCGAAGCUAGAAAAUCACCAGCUUUGGACGGCAAAGUAGAGAGAGACAGUGAGGGAAAAGAAGUGAGAUAUCCAGUCAUUCUUAGCAACGCCGAGAAACUGAUAUCGCGUAAAGUGUGCCUUGCUUUCAAACAGACUGUUUGUGGCUUCGACCUGCUGAGGGCAAACGGGAAAUCGUUUGUAUGUGAUGUGAACGGCUUCAGUUUCGUGAAAAAUUCCAAUAAAUACUACGACGAUUGUGCCAAGAUCCUAGGAAAUAUGAUUUUGCGGGAGCUCGCGCCAACACUGCAUAUACCUUGGUCUGUUCCUUUCCAGUUAGAUGAUCCCCCUAUUGUGCCUACAACAUUUGGAAAAAUGAUGGAAUUGCGUUGUGUAGUAGCAGUGAUUAGGCAUGGUGACAGAACCCCCAAGCAGAAAAUGAAAGUCGAAGUGCGUCAUCCAAAGUUUUUUGAAAUAUUCGAAAAAUAUGGUGGACGUGCAGAUGGCCAUGUUAAACUAAAGAGACCGAAACAGCUUCAAGAAAUUCUGGACAUAGCUCGUUCUCUGUUGAACGAAAUUGAACAUCGAGCUGCUGACCCAGAAAUUGAAGAAAAACAGGGAAAACUGGAGCAGCUAAAAAGUGUUCUUGAGAUGUAUGGACACUUCUCAGGAAUCAACCGUAAAGUUCAGAUGAAGUACCAACCAAAAGGACGGCCUCGUGGGUCUAGUAGUGACGAUGGUAAAGAUAAUAUUUGUUGUGAUUCAGACACACCGAAGGAGCCCUCCCUGGUGUUGAUCUUGAAAUGGGGAGGAGAGCUGACGCCGGCCGGACGAAUCCAAGCCGAGGAACUGGGCAAGAUUUUCCGGUGCAUGUAUCCAGGGGGACAAGGUAGACACGCUGGCGGUGAAUACGCGGGAAAGCAAGGCCUUGGACUGCUACGUUUGCAUUCGACAUUUCGACACGAUUUGAAGAUCUAUGCCUCGGACGAAGGAAGAGUCCAAAUGACGGCAGCUGCAUUCGCCAAAGGCCUGCUUGCUCUCGAGGGGGAACUCACGCCAAUCCUCGUUCAAAUGGUCAAGAGUGCCAACACUAAUGGUCUACUUGACAAUGACUGCGACGCUAGUAAACAUCAAAAUAUGGCAAAAGCACAGCUUCAUAAUUUGAUGCAGCAGAACCGAGAUUUCACAGCUGAAGAUAGAAGCUCGAUCAACCCUUGUAAUGCAAUCAGUAUAUCCAUGGCUAUGGAUUUUGUUAAGAAUCCAGUCAAGUGCUGUGAACGAGUACAAGAUCUCAUUCAAAAGUUAAUGAACAUAGUACGCACAAAAAAAGAUGAUCCAAAAACAAAAGAUGCUGUACUGUAUCACGGUGAAACUUGGGAACUAAUGGGACGAAGAUGGGGAAAAAUAGAAAAAGACUUCUGCACUAAAAAUAAGACUUACGACAUAUCUAAGAUUCCCGAUAUUUACGACUGCAUCAAAUAUGAUUUGCAACAUAACCAACAUACUCUCCAGUUUGAUCAGGCUGAAGAGCUGUACAUCAAUGCAAAACAUUUGGCAGACAUUGUCAUUCCUCAGGAGUACGGACUAACUGUUCAAGAGAAAUUGACCAUUAGUCAGGGAAUCUGCACACCUCUUUUGAAAAAGAUCAGAGCUGAUCUCCAAAGAAACAUUGAGGAGACAGGAGAAGAAACAGUUAAUCGUUUGAAUCCAAGGUACUCUCAUGGUGUGUCGAGCCCUGGUCGUCAUGUCAGAACCAGACUUUAUUUCACUAGCGAAAGUCACGUUCACUCUCUAUUAACUGUGCUACGUUAUGGUGGACUCAUUGAUAAUAUGAAAGAUGAACAAUGGCGUAGAGCUAUGGAAUACGUCAGUAUGGUUUCUGAGUUGAACUAUAUGUCACAAAUUGUUGUGAUGCUGUAUGAAGAUCCUACCAAGGAUCCGUCUUCUGAUGAAAGGUUCCAUGUGGAACUUCACUUCAGUCCUGGAGUGAAUUGCUGUGUGCAGAAAAAUCUGCCACCUGGUCCUGGAUUCCGUCCACACAGUCGCAAUGAGCAAUCACAAUCCCAAUCAACAUCACAGUCUGUCACGGGAUCAGAUGUGGAGGACAGCAGUACCCCUCAGACCCCCGCACGCUGUGAUUCACCUGGAACAGAAGGAAGUUCUUCAUCAGUUGAAAAGAAACCCGUUACGAUUUCGACCAGGCCAAAAAUAAAAACGUCUGCUCCAAUUCCUAUAAAGUGAGUCUUAUAUAAUUGA